AUGAUUAUUAACAAAUGCAUGUGCUCCUCAGUCUUACUUUACUUUUUUUAAUAUGAAGUAAGAUAAGCAACUAAAUAAGAAGGAUAUAUCAAAGAGCUCUGGAAUCUCUUUGAUUUUUCAUUGAUCGCCUCUUAUGCUGUACUUAACAUUGUUGAAUUUGCAUCAGGAGAUAAAAGCGCAAUAAUUAUUAUGGAUAUCAUUGUAGUGCUAUUGACAUUCUUAAAAUUAAAUUUCUUCUUGAGAAUUUAUGAUGGAUUUAGCUUUUUAGUAUCCAUGAUGAGUAGCGUCUUCAGAGAUAUUCAAUACUUCAUUCUGUUCUUCCUGAUUUUCAUAUUCCAAUUCGGCAUUAUAUUUGUAAUUCUUUUUAGUGCUGAGAGAAUCGAAGAGUAUGACGGUAUUGGUAUAGUAGGUUACUUCCUCAUGAUAUUCAGAAUCUCAUCUGGUGAUUUUGCUGUUGAAAAUUAUAAAGAUUAAGAAUCAACUUUUAUGAUUUCCCUUUCUUGGACAAUUUGGUUAAUUGCAGUGUUGAUUUUGAACAUUGUUUUUAUGAACUUUAUUAUUGCAGUUAUCUCAGAGUCUUAUGAGAAAGUCAUGCAGAAACUAGUAGCCUAAUCUUACAAGGUCAAAGCCAACAUGAUAGUGGAAAGAGAACUUCUAUUGACACCUCAAAAUGAAGAGGAAAGAAGAUUUUAUUUCCCAGAAAAUGAAGUCAUUCAAAAUGUGAUUCCUCUCUAAAACAAGAUAGAAUUAUUAGAUAGAAAUUCUUCAACUUAACAGGAUAGCUUGAGAUAAGAUGUCGACAAGCUCAAUGUAAAGAUGGAGGAAAUUAAAACUAUUAUAUAAACUCCCUCAUCUGACAAAGAUGAGAUUAAAAACCUUAAUUAAAAGGUGGAGUCUCUUUCUGUCAAACUCCAAGGAUGUGAAACUGCAUUAGAACAACUCAAUGCAAAUAUCAUGAAACUCCUUGAGAAAUGA